AUGGAGCACUCACCCAAGCCUCCACGUCGACCUCGAUAUGCUGCCAUGAGAGACGACCAGGAACGUGAUGAUCAAGGAGACCGGGCUCUCGAUGAGCAAAGCGUGAAAUUCUCACAAAGACCAAAACCCUCCCGUCAAAUGCGUGACCCCCGCCGCGCUUCUGAGCCUCGCCGCGACCGUCCAUCCACUAGACCAGACCCUCGUUCAUCCCGCCGUCGCCGUCAUUCACGCGAUCGUAGUCGUGAUCGCGCUGCUCGUCAAUCACCCGAACCCUCGCGCCGGGUUCCAGAAGCCGAAGACCUAAUUCCUCGUUAUCGGGAACGUCACCGCGAAGUUGAUGAUAAGUCACGCCGUCGGAGCCACAGUCGAAGUAGAAGUCGCGAUCCAACAAUAAGGGCUUCUCCGUCAGCGUCCAAGCGGCAUCAGAGUCGCAGUCCGUCUUUGACAGGCUCAAGCCGAAAGAAGUCCAAGAGAGAUAGAAGUCCUCGACCAAGAACAAGGGACUACAGCCCCGACUCUACUUCGAGGAAGCACACCAGACACACAUCACGCGGGCGACGCCAAACAUCUCCUCGUCAUUACAAUCGGAAUCAGGCUCUCGCCGAGCAGGAAGAGAAGGGGUGGCCAGGCAACCGUCACGGAGUCGAUCGCCUGUAUCAGAGCAUCGACCAUCUUCGUCUCGACGAGGUCAACCAUUAUCUAACGAAGGUCAGCUCGCCUCAGAACUCGUAUCACAACUCACCGUCCCGGUCACCUUACGGAUCAUCGCGUGGUGGUAGGAACGGCCAGCAGCCCUAUUCGCAACAUCCUCAGGGAAGUGGCUACGGCCCACCAAGUGGUCCUUCCAGUCAAUAUCACCCCAAUCCUUCACGAUCUCCUCCACAUGCUGCCCCUACUGGCCCAAUGCAGCAGUAUCCCCAAGGAGGCAGUUACCGUGGGGGUUAUCGAGGUGGCGGUUUCCGAGGCAGUUCGUUUGGCAACCGUGGGCGAGGUGGUUUUAAGAAUUCUCACUGGAACCAAGGCCCUCCCCAGCGAGGGCAUCCCGAUGACUUGGGUAAUGGACGGUUCGGUAACGUGGACGACUCUAACGCUAUGGACAUCGAUCGCAUGGAUGAGGAUGGAUCCUUUCAAAAUCAUGAUCGAAAUGUUGAGGAAGGAGCAGAUCUUCUGACUACUCCUAACAGACCACCUCCGUCAGGUCCAGGCUCACAGUCACAGUCAGGCGGAUCUGGUAGCAAAUUCAGUUUUGCUUUCAAGCCUUCGUCAAAACCAGCGGUCACCGCACCGAAACCUGAGAUAUCUCAGAAACUUAAUGCCGCUCCGAGACGAGACGCUCAAAAGGAAAUUCGGGAUGAUAACCGGGGUCGUGAUCACGAUCGAGACCGGGAUCGAGACAGAGACAGAGAUAGAGAUAGGGACCGGGAAAGAGAACGGGAAAGAGAACGAGGCAGGGACCGUGAUCGAGACCGUGACCGAGAGCCCCCACGAAGUGCGCCUACGGAACCAGCAUCGUCACGACCCCGAAAUGAUCGCCGUCAUCCUCCUGAAGGGCCAAGAGUGGUGCCUCGAAUGCGCAAAGUCAAGAAGAUUAUGAAGCGGCCAAAGCCGAGACCGACUCUCCCGGCCGACCUCGUGGAUUCGGAAUCUGUCUUCUUCAGGAAACCGGGCAAUGAAUCUGUCGUUGGUUCUGGCACUUACGGCAAGGUUUUCAAGGGUCUGAAUGUCUACACCAAAGGGAUGGUUGCUCUCAAGAAAAUUCGCAUGGAAGGUGAACGCGAUGGUUUUCCUGUUACGGCUGUACGAGAAAUCAAGCUCCUUCAGUCUCUCAGGCAUGUCAACAUUGUGAAUCUCCAGGAAGUUAUGGUUGAGAAGAACGAUUGCUUUAUGGUAUUCGAAUACUUAUCGCAUGAUCUCACUGGACUUCUGAAUCACCCGACCUUCAAGUUAGAGGCUGCCCAGAAGAAAGACCUUGCCAAGCAGAUGUUCGAAGGGCUAGAUUAUCUGCAUACAAGGGGUGUCCUCCAUCGCGAUAUUAAAGCGGCAAACAUUCUCGUCAGCAAUGAGGGAGUACUCAAGAUUGCUGAUUUUGGCCUUGCGCGUUUCUACGCCAAGCGUCAUCAGCUAGACUACACCAACCGAGUCAUCACCAUCUGGUACCGCUCACCUGAGCUUCUGCUGGGUGAAACCAAGUAUACUGCUGCUGUCGAUGUCUGGAGCGCAGCAUGUGUCAUGGUUGAGAUUUUCGAUCGCAACGCCAUCUUUCCUGGUGACGGUACCGAGCUCAAUCAACUAGAGAAGGUUUAUAAUGUCAUGGGUACCCCCAGUUUAAAGGAAUGGCCUGGUUUAGUCGAGAUGCCCUGGUUCGAGCUUAUGCGCCCGACUGUUAAGAAGAAGAGCAUCUUUGCGGAGAAGUAUCGCGAGAAAAUGUCACCGGCUGCUUUCAACCUGCUAUCAGCCAUGCUCCAUUACGACCCAGCCAGACGACCUAGCGCAGCCGAAGUCCUUCAGCACACCUACUUCACAGAGGAGGAGCCACCAGCUCGGCAAGCCACAGAGUAA